ACAUUGCGUUCAAAUGCAAAACAAUAUGGUGGAAGCAGCUAGCCUGAGCUGUCAUGUCAAUUAUCGCAAAAUGUUUAUUAUUUCAUAAAUAAAUAUUAUAAUUUCACAAAUAUGUCAUCAACAGAGCCUUCACAAAAUAAAACAUGGGAACUUUCACUCUACGAACUCCAUCGGACGCCGCAAGAAGUCAUAACAGAUGCCACGGAAAUUGCGGUUUCCCCACGGAGCUUGCACAGCGAACUGAUGUGUCCGAUUUGUUUAGAUAUGUUGAAAAAAACGAUGACUACUAAGGAAUGUCUCCACAGGUUCUGCUCAGAUUGUAUAAUUACUGCACUUCGGUCAGGCAACAAGGAAUGUCCGACGUGUCGCAAGAAACUGGUGUCAAAACGUUCCCUGCGACCUGAUCCCAACUUUGACUUGUUAAUAUCUAAAAUCUAUCCUAGCAGAGAUGAAUAUGAGGCUCAUCAGGAGCGCGUCCUGGCUAAGCUGAACAUGUCUCAUUCGCAAGCGUCUUUAGUCAAUUCUAUAACUGAGGGGAUAAAACUUCAGUCACAGAAUAGGCCACAACGAUCAAGAAAAAACCAAGAAGAAAGCAGCAAUCCGUCAAAUUCCAACGGUACUUCGGAACCGGUUCAAAACGGGAACAGUUCCUCAGUGCCCAAAGAUGGUACAUCAACUGGUAAUCCGACCCCCCCUGGUCAGUCUACCUCCAAUCCGGCGUCGGUGCGAAGUACGCCGUCUCCGGUACCUUCAAACGUAAGCUCUGUGUCAAAAAACACAAGCACAACUAAAAGGGCAAAAUCUGUUCUUACAUCGGAACGCAGUGAGGAAAGUGAAUCUAGUGAUGGCAGAACUGAAGGUGAAAAUUCAAUGGAUACGGAGGGGGAGGGGGAGCCCCUGAACCCAAAUGAAAUAGAGUUAGUGUUUAAGCCUCAUCCUACGGAAAUGACCGGAGAUAAUCAAUUAAUGAGAGCCCUGAGAGAUAGUUCUGUGAGGUAUCUCAAGACCACGGCUAAUGCUUCAGUGGACCACUUAAGUAAAUACUUAGCGAUGCGUCUCACAUUAGACCUGGAUGCAGAGUUGCCGGAGGCUUACCGGCUGCUCAACUUCUGUAUCUACGUGGCGCCCUCACCCGGACAGUUUGUGCCCCUCUCUGGUUCACAAACACUGAGGCAGAUUAAUGAUAAAUUCUGGAAGGUGAACAAGCCACUAGAAAUGUAUUAUUCUUGGAAGAAGACUUAGGGAAUGAAACUCAUUUUAGUUAUGUUAUAACUAAAAUGAUGUAGAGAAGAUAGUUUAGUGUAACUAUAUAAUUAUAACGUAUGAGAAAUGGACUCAUUUAACAGUGAUAAAUAUCUACAUAUAUCUAUAGUUCAGUUAUAUAGUCUGUUGACAGCUUCGGAAUUAUUGGUUCUUAAUAAUCAAACUUUGGUAACAUCAAAACUCUUUAAUCUUCUGUACCUUAAGUAGUAUAAAUAAAAAAUCAGAUUGCCAAAUGGUUAAUAACUCAAAAUAGACAAAAAACAACAGAGUUGGUACUAUUUUAAUUAUAAAUUAAUUAAUUAAAACAGUAAAUAGAAUAUGUGGUGGUAGGUGGUGAUGGUGUCGCUGGUGGCGAGCUGGUAACGAUGCAGAUUUAAAUAAUGCGACCGUUAUUCUUCAAACCAAUUUAUUUUACACCGAACACUAAGACCACAACACAAUAAAAA